AGGCUGGACAGAACUACGUCUGGCAGGUGCAGGAAGCUGGCCACUGUGGACAGCCAUCUCAGCCGAAGAAGGCUUUAGGUACCUUCUCCAGAACUCUGCUUCUGAGUCAUCAGGGCCACGGAGUCACUUCUCAUGCUUAGCUACGAGCAGCCUGCUGAAGAAGGUAACACUCUAUUAGGACGCACCUGUCUGCAGAGUCCAGUACUCUCAAUACUCCCCUUGUCUCAGCCUGUCUUCCCGAGGACGGAUCACAUCUGAUCCAGAGGUGGACACAGAGAUGUUAGCUCGGCGAUGCAGACUGCGUCGUGGAAGCCCAUGUCAAACCCCACAGGAUAGCCAUGCGGAUGUCACAGAGAACAGGGUUUCUCUGUAUAGCCCUGGCUGUCCUGGAACUUAUGCCACACUAAAAUGCUGAGGCAGCAUUAUAUGCAAAUAGGUAAGUACGCAUGGGCCAACGCAUGCUUACAAAGCAGACUAAACACAAAAAUACCCAGGUCUGAGCCAGCUUGGUCCUUUCUCCAUCUCCUCUUGACCCCUACUUGAACCCAGGCGGGCUUGGAGGAGUCGGGGUCUGCAGCUUGAACAGGGAAGGGGUUAAUGGCCUCCAGGCUUCAGGCAGCGCCUACAGCUAUGCCUGCAAUUUCCUCUGGCCAUUCUUUCCCUCCUCCUUCCCAAGAUUCCCGCCAAGAAGGCCUCCCCCUCACCCCAGCUCCAGCGUAGGGAGGGGAAGGGGGUUGGCCAGGAGAGUAAGCAGAAAGAAGAGGCCAGCUGCAGAUCCCCCCCAGCGCACUUCGGUCCCAGCCUUGAGCCCAGGUGGAAGCACACGUGUGACUCUGGGCAGGUCCGGCUAGCAAAGCAAGCGAGGCUGUUCCCUAGCGCCGAGGCCCCCGCUGGGGUCUGCAAUAUGCUGGGACCUGGCUCACCGCCGAGUCCGACAAUCAUUAACCUUGGGUGACCACAGCAGCUGGACACACUCAGCCAGGGCACUGGGAGGAGGGGCUGAGAGAUCCCUUCUCCGAGGAAAACCAAUAAGGACGCGGGGGUGCCGGCUGCCUCUACUAGGUCUAGGAAGGUCUGGAAGGAUGAAGGGGUUUGGACCCGCCUCAUCCCAGGAGGAGCCAGGCACAGGAAAGUAGUUUGGAGCCUGCGCGCUAGAGUAAGAGCGUUGUGGGUUCAAAUCCUGACCGUGUGGCAAAGGUCUUCAAGAUCUUUGACUCAGUUUACUUCAUUUGCAAAUUGGAGAUUUAAUGGUAGCCACAUUCCAGGGUUGGCUGGCUUAAAUGAAGGGAUGUCUACGGGAAGCGGGAGGGGAGGUAACCUGCCGCCAGGGGCUCCAGGCCUUAGGGAUGUUUAGUAACUAAUGUUGUUGUUAGUACUGGCGGGGGCGGACCCUGUGAGCGCCCUCCCCAGCGGCUUCCUGUAGGGGAGCAGGGGCCGCCCCCUCUCCCCUUCCUCCAGGCGCUCUUCCUCCCCGCCUCUCCUCCCCGCCCCGCCCCGUCCCUCCUCUUUCCUCGGAGGAAACUUUCCGCCGGCUGGUCCGUCGCGGUGUCCGGCCGCACCGCCGUGCGAACCUGGUAAGGCGGACGGGGCGGCCCGGCCUGGGUGUAUGCGGCCACCGGGGAGACGCCACUGCCGGGGCGAGGCUGCGGGACGCUGACGGGUGAGCGAGCCGGGCCGGCCGAGGCCCCGCGGGUGGAGGGGUGCAGGAGGGAGGUGGAAGGGGAGCCCGAGGCACCGCCUCGCCCUUCCGUGCGCUGGGCCUCGCCUGGGGACCCCACGAGGGGGCGGAGCGUGUGCGCCCUCUCCGCCGCUCCCGGGGAUGGAGAGGCGUCUGCGGGGGAACAAGGACUAGCAGAGUCCAGAUCUGCGAUCCAGUGAGGCGAACCGCUCCCUCGCCCCACCACCACCCCAGGGUGGAGGAGCUACGCGAGGAGCGAGCGCCUUGGGCUCUGGAAGACCUGACCUGGGUGACCUCGCAGGCUGACAGGCGAGCUGCAUCCCAGCAGCAUGGAUGCCCCAAGAAGGGACAUGGAGCUACUCAGCAACAGCCUGGCAGCCUAUGCGCACAUCAGAGCUAACCCCGAGAGCUUCGGCCUCUACUUCGUGCUUGGCGUCUGCUUCGGCCUGCUGCUGACCCUAUGCCUGCUGGUCAUCAGCAUCUCCUGCGCGCCUCGCUCGCGACCCCGGACCCCUGCUCCGCGCCGGGACCCCCGGAGCAGCACCCUAGAGCCGGAAGACGAGGACGAUGAGGAAGAUGAGGACACCAUGACGAGGCUGGGUCCCGAUGACACGCUGCAGGGCCAGGAGCUGUCCACAGAGCCCGACGGGCCCCUUAGUGUCAAUGUCUUCACGUCAGCAGAGGAGCUAGAGCGGGCACAGCGGCUGGAGGAGCGUGAACGAAUCCUGCGGGAGAUCUGGCGCACUGGGCAGCCAGACCUGCUGGGCAGUGGCACGCUCGGGCCCGGAGCCACGGCCACGCUGGGACGAAUGCACUAUUACUGACACCCGGCCCCUCAGCGUGGGGCCAGAGUACUGGAUAUGGGACUGCCUCAGGGCCUUCAAAAAACUGCCUCUGCCCCCAAAUCUCUUUGGUGCUAUUGGGCGUCACAUCGCCGCCUGCUAAGCACUCUUCAUAGGGCAGGUGUGGGUGGGAAAAGAAUGCCAGCUCCCACCUUCUCCCGAUAAUAAUGACCAAUGAAAGGUAGUCUUGGCGA